AGAUUGCAUAGCGUAUCUGUACACAGCCUUGAUAAGCGAUUUGCGAUUCUUGCCACGGUCUUCCCUUAAACUAUUUGUAUAAGCCUUUCACCCGCGCUGGCUGCGCAUUAAUUUACAAUAUAUAGUGAUCUACGUAAGGCAUUUAACGCCAGCGUGGUGUAAAGAGUAACCAUUGCUUCAACGUGGCUUGCAUUGCCGCCGCCUAUAUAAGUGCGUACUCAAAGCCUCAUCCUUGCAAGUAGUAAAGAACUAUGCGGAAUAUACGACACUGCUCGCUGGGUUAUAGAGCCUCAUGCGCAUGGCCUGCGCUGCGGACUACCCGAGUAGCAUGGCUGUUGCAGCCAUCCACGUGGCUUUCUCCCCAUGUGUGCUUGCCAACGCCACGGCAACCCCUCCACACCAGCUCAACCCCCAAUACCCAGCGUAGCACCUGCCAGUACUGCUCCCACCAGAGUAAUACCAUCACCAGCACCACCGCCGCCGCAAGCAGCAGCAGCAGCCCUAGCACUAGCCCCCAGCCAUCUAGCCCCUCGCCACCGACUUCACCACCGCCACACCCCGCCUCCUCCCCCUUCUCCUCCCCACUAUCCCCCUCGGCCUCCUCCCCACCAUCACCGCCAACAGCACCAUCCCAGCCGCCAGUGUCACCCCAGCUGCCGCUAUGCCGGCGCCCUGCCGUACACAUCGCUCCCCUGCGGGAGGUGCUGAGGUGGAAGCAGGCGAUGGCGGGCCGCAUUGAGCAGCUGGGGGACGCAUGGGAGCAGCUGGACGGGGGGCCGGACAGGGCGGGCCUUAUGCGGGAGCUAGACUGGGUGCUCGACGACCUGAUUGAGGCCUACCGCCCGCACCCGUCCGCCCCCUGGGAGCCCACCUCCUGGCGCUGUCUGGAGCCGAG